CAGGUGAUUCAGCCAAUCCGACCGAGCGCAAACCAAUACAGGCGCAGGUAUUCGGAUUAGGAUGCUCUCCAAACACUCGAUGGAUGAUUCAUCCUUCGAUCUUCCUAAUCGAAGUUCCUACAAACUCUUCUCUGCCCAUAUGGUUGCAGAUAUGCUACCGGCAGGUCGCAUCGCCGCGAGGGUUUUCGUUUCUUGCCUACUUCUUCUCUGCUUGGAGCCGCUCCUCGCGGUGGGGAGACCAUGCGAGUUUAGUGCUACCUUCGGCAACAAUCUUUACAACUACAGCUUGGCAGCGCCCAGCCAGAAGUACCCCCAUGGCGUCAUGAGCGAAGACGGGUUCUACAAGAUUGCAGUAAAUGAGACAAUGCUGUGGUAUCAGCUUUGCGAUCAGAUGAUAUUCAAUCAUGAUCAGCCAAGAUGUCUGAAUUGUCAGGAUUGUGGUGGCCCUUCCCGUUGUGGGAUGCAGUGCAGUGCACUUACUGCAAACGACAUAGGAGGCUAUCAUGUGUGCACUACAAUAGGGCAAGCAUCAAAUCUCGAUAUUUCUUUGAUCGAAAAAGAUAAUCCACAAAAAGGUGUCAUUGUCAAGAUGAUUUCCAGUGGUUCCAAGGAGAAUUGCUCCCUUUCUGUCUCAGUUAUUUGCGAUUCAAAUAAUGUUCAAGUAUCAAAUUCAUUGACAAUUACAGGGGACUGCGACUAUGCAACAGAACUUAGGCAUCCAUCUGGUUGUGCGAGAAUCAUUUCUGCUAAUGGAAAAGGAUGGGGGUGGUUUGGAACUUUAAUGACUAUAAUUAUUUGCCUUCUGGGAGGGUAUCUUGUAGUGGGAACUAUCUAUAGAUACUUCUUCCUUGGAAUUCAUAGUGCACAGGCCAUUCCAAACCUGGACUUCUGGCUCAGUUUACCUCAAAGGACUUGGACCAUGCUGGGCUCAUUGGUGCGAAGACUGCAAGGAUACACUCGUAGUACAAGGGGUUCUUAUACGCCCGUGCGAGAUGAUAGGGAUUCUCUUGCAGGAGCCAGCAGCUACUGAUAAGCCAUAGUAAAUCCUUCUCUUAAAGGGAGCGCUUGACGGCAUAACUAAUCUCUCAGUGGAACCCAUCGAGGCUACCCACCGGCAUUGGACCCACACUUGUUUUGUCCCACUGAAGAGGCGAGGCUGUAGUAGAGGGGAUUCGAAUUCAGGAUGGGAGUUCCCAGCUUGGUUGGCCUUUUAUACCUUGUAAUUGGAUCAACAAUGAAUUGAAAGGAAAUAUUUAAAAUUUUACGGUUCAA